AUGGACUCAAGCCUGCUGUGGGUGCUGUACUUUGAUAAUGACACGAAAGUCUGGUCUGUUUACGAUCCCAGCGGGACCUUUGACCACAAGCCCAUUCUUCCCUACCUGGACAGUGACCAUCAAUUUGGGGAACUGGCCUACAUGGUGCCGGGAGCAUCUUGCCUGGUGGCCAUCAGCCAGGAAGUGACGUUCCGGGGAGUGACAUUGCAAGACGGGAUCUUCGAUAUCAUCUGGCCGGACCCGUAG